AUGGCGGAAAAGAAAGUAGACUUUACACCAUCUGUUCUCGGAAGCAAAAAAUACUGGGACGAUUUUUAUGAGCUUGAACAUAAGAAUUUUGUUGAGAACCCAGAAGACACAGGGGAAUGUUGGUUUGAUGAAUCCAACGCCGAAGACAAAAUGUGCGAAUUCAUUUUUACCGAACUGAAAAACCUCAAGACUUCUAAUGUGUGUGAUUUGGGAACGGGAAAUGGACAUCUAUUGUUCCAGUUGUACGAAGAAGGCCUCCGAGGCAACCUCAUAGGAGUCGACUACAGUGAGGCUAGCGUGAAGUUUGCUACGGAUAUUGCGCAAGAGAAGGCUUUUUACAUUAGUUUCCAGAAAUCAGAUAUCCUAUUUCCCAAAGACGAAUUUUUACUGAAACACCGUAAUUUUUUUGAUCUGGUACUUGAUAAAGGAACAUUGGAUGCCAUCGCUCUCAGUGACCAGAGGAACGAGGAUGGACUAACUGGUUACCAAAUAUACCCUGGACAUGCAUCGUCCCUACUCAGAAAGGGCGCUCUUCUCUUGAUAACCUCAUGCAAUUUCACAGAAGAAGAGUUGUGCUCUCAUAUGGAAAGCUCGGGAGAUUUAAAGGUGUGGAAGAGGGUAAGAUACCCAAAAUACGAGUUUGGAGGCAAAAGUGGAUCUACGAUUUGCACUGUUGCAUUUGAGAAAGUGUAA